GCGUCCUGCUGCUGCUGCCUCCGCUGCCGCCGGCGAAGCUGCCGCCCCUGGCUCGGAUGCUCAGGCCCCGCUGCACUGCCCUGCGUGGACAGACGGGUGCACGCCGGGCCUGACGGAUGAGCAGCCUGGCCCCCGAACUGCCACCUCCCCAUCUGGCUCCGUGCCCGGCGGUCCGGCGGUGGGGGCGGCCCCGCCGUCUCUCUGCAGGCUCCUGCGCGGUCUCCCCGCCGGCUUCUGCGCGCCGCCUCUGCUCUUUACAUAGUAAUUUCAGUUCCUGCAAGCGCCCUGCUCGCUCCGGCUCCCGGAACAGGUCUCAGAAGAGCCGCCGCUCCGAGCACACCGGGGCCAUCCGUGCGGCGCGGAGAGCCGCUGCUUGGGCGAUGCGACGGGAGCCCCCACCGCAGCCCCGGCAGUGGCCCCGCCGCGCCGAGAAGAGCGGGGCGACAGGCAGGUUAGCAGAGCUGGCAAUGGGAAGAAAAGCUGAAUGUGCAGGGACUAACGGAACCUGCAAGACAAACCAGAGCCUGUGCUGGAUUCCUACCUCCUCCAACCCUAGUAGUGACCUGGGAGAACCAUAGAAGGAGCUGGCACUAUUCACGGGAACACUAUUCAUGCACCAGGCCAGUAGCUGGAGAUGGGGAUCUGGUGAGAGGCAAAGGCCAUAGCCUGACUGUCAUCUGACAUCACCAAGAUCGGUCCUUCAGAGGAGUCAUCCCUGAUCAUGUCUUCGCUCUGACCUACAACAGCUUCCCAGUGGGACUACUGCUCGGGGGAGAGCUCUGAGGUUUCCCUGAAGAGAAACUCCAUGGGGACUGUACCUGAUCCUCUAAUAAUCACUAAGACUUCCCUGAUCACAGCUUCUGAAAAAGACGACGACCUAGGAGAGGUACUGGCUGCCUCCCUUCCGCCUCAACCAGCCCUCCAGAGUAAGAACACAGAUGGCCUUUCCAGCAAGCCUCCGGGAGCAGCCCUCAGCCCCAGGGCAGCUUCUGAGGCCCUGAUGCAGGCCUGUGAGCAUGAGGCCACACGGCCAGACAUGUCUUCUCCUGGCAUCUUCAAUGAGGUGGAGAAAGCACCUCCCGCACUCAACUCCCCUGGCAAUACCCGGCGGCCAGGAGACAGCGAGCCCACAGCCCCAACCCCGUGUUCUGCAGCAGCGAGGGAUCUCGUACACACAGCCUGUACCAUGCCAGCCACCCAGCACACCCACCAGGCCAUCCCAGGGGACCAGCCUAAUGCCAGCGCCGCCUCAGGAUCUGAAGACACCCUGGGGAAAUCACAGGGAACCUCGGAUGGAGAGCAAUCCGAGACGCCGGGUUGUCCUGUGGGAGGCACUUGUCUCAGCAGCCAAGAUCAAGUGCCCUGUGAUUUUCCUUCUCAAGACACAAUCCCGGGAAUGGUGCAGACGGCAAACACAGCGCCUGGGGUGCCCAGUCACGCCUCCCCUCCUGCAGGGGAAGGGCAGGGAGCCAUUUCCGACUCCAAGACGAGGGCCUGUGACUCUCCAGCUCGAGAAGACGGAUGUUCAGGGAAUACACAGCCCUCUGCCGCCACCUCAGACACCCAGGCCGCAAGCUCUGUGACACCUCAACCACCCCACCUCCCUGGCAAAGGUUCGGCGUUUCCUCCGGAGCCAGAGGAGACGCUGCUGGCACCACGGUUCAGAGAAGCAAGCACGAUGACCCAUCAGGCUGAAAACGAGACCAAGGACGUCCCCAGCAGGGCUCAGCAAGAUGCGGGGGUGCAGGCCGUGACGAGUGUGGAGAGCAGGUCGGUCUCCACCAGCCCCAGCAUCCUCACUGCGUUCCUAAAGGGAAGCCCUGCUCCCGAGCAUUCGGAACAAGAGCAGCUGCGUGUCCUGUGCCAUGGCAGCGGGAGCCACGCGCUGGAGCUGUCCGUCCACAAGCUGCCCCCCCAGGGGUCAGGGCAGUGCCCCGGCCUCAUGCCAGAGGUACGCAUCCAGGCAGCUGCAGCUGUUUCCACCGAGGUCCAAGGGGGUAGCAGAUUGGUGAGCUUGCCAGGGGAGGUCCUCCAGACCUCAUCCAUCAGCGAGGCAUCCAGUAAUGCCCAGGACACCUGUACUGAGGAUGGGAGGUCAGCGGGGAUGACCCCAGGGAUGACCUCCAAACAGCUUCCUGCUCAUUCUAGUUCCCUGAAAGCUAGCCUCACAGACCAGGUUUCCACCAGCACAGGAAGUCAAAGUGAAACUAGUCACGCCUUGGGGACAUUGGACACAAGGCCAUCGGAGCUGGCAGCGAAAACCACAAGUGACCACAACUCAGACCCUGAUUGCAAACUCAAUGCCUCCUGUGGCCCUGCCGGCCACACUGGCCCGUCGGGGGGCUUGGACCCCACGGAUCAAGGAGAUGCAAGAGGGAAGAAGCCUGAACCUCUCCCGACAGGAACAGAACAAGGACCUAAAGGCACGGAUCUCCUGGAGGGGAAAGCCAGGGCAGAGGCCACCACCCUCCUGCUCCAUCCUAAAUCUCAAGGAAGCGGAGGCUCGGGGUCAGCUGCCAGUCCCAUACCCUCCCCGGUAAGGAAUCCCCUGGAGGGCGCCAAGCCGGCCACCAGCCUGAGCCUGCCGUCCGAGUCCAUGGGUGGGGACUCCAGCCCCAGUUCGGGCAAGAAGACUCCUUCGCGCUCGGUCAAGGCCAGCCCGCGCCGGGCCAGCCGGGUGAGCGAGUUCCUCAAGGAGCUCAACGUGACCGCGCAGGCGGGGCUCACCCCGGGGGAGAAGAAGAAGCAGCUGGGCGCCGAGGCCAAGCUGCAGCUGAAGCAGUCCAAGCGGGUCCGGGACGUGGUGUGGGACGAGCAGGGCAUGACGUGGGAGGUGUAUGGCGCCUCCCUGGACCCGGAGUCGCUGGGCGUCGCCAUCCAGAACCAUUUGCAGAGGCAGAUCCGGGAGCACGAGAAGUCCAUCAAAGCGCAGAGCGGCCAGGCCCGGAGGUCCAUCUCCUCGGACACUUCUUCUUCCCAUAAGAAGCUCAAGGGCAGGCAGCACGGCGUGUUCCAGGCCAUGCUGCAGAACUUCCGGCGCCCCAACUGCUGCGUGCGCCCCGCCCCAUCCUCUGUGCUAGACUGACAGCGUGUGGGAGCCCCUGUGCCCCUGCAGGGCCUUCCCAAGGGUCCCUCCAGGUCAGAGCGCACCUGGUCCCCCCCAUCUCCCCAACCCUCAUCCCCCCCAAACCAAGCAGAGAAAGGGAGUAUCAACUACAGGAAAUUGCUACCAAGAAUUGUUGGGUCCUCUGAUUGGAGCUCUGCGAAAUAAAAUACUUUUUUCAGCUGGGGAUCACACAAGGGAAAUGAAGGCAUUUCCCUCUGCAAGAAAGAACAAAGCAAGCUCCGCUGAAAGUGCUCCACCUCCAUCAGGAGGAAAUAAAAUUCGCUGGGUUUUGCAUAUGUUGCUGCUUAGAGAACCAGCACUGUCAUUACACGUGUGUCAUUUUGUGUCCCUGUCUCAAUGGAGCACACUCCGGUAUUUCCAUUAGAACCCGGCGUUGUGUUA